GCAGAGACUGGGACAGGGACAGGCCGUUCGUCCAGAGCCCAGACCUGCCAGACCAACCUCACGCAGCAACACGACAACGGAUGUUUUAGGUGUGGAGGGAUCAACAAUUACGUACCAUGAAUUCGUACCGCACAGCCCAGAUGCAAACCCUUACCUCAGCCCUUCUUUGUAGCCUGUUAAAACGAGUCUGACGCUCGUUGUAAGUUGCGAAGUUGAGUUCAUUUCCGCUUUUCUCGUUUGUUCAUCUAUCCUGUGUACUUAUUCCUUUUGUCUCGAGAAAUUCUAAAGGAACCUAUAAAUUGUGCCCACACGUAAUUACGAUCGAUACUCUCGUUUCAACUCCCCUAUUUUGAUCCCCUUACCUACUCGAGAUGAUGCCACCGGUUUGCAAAUACGUAGUAGCUUUGGCAGCUCUGGCGAGCACUGCCUAUUCAUCACCACAAGGCAGUAAUGUCUUAUCCACAGCGACAACGGCAACACCUGUCGCUACAGGACAAGCUGCGUCAGCGUCGACGGUCGCCUGCAACAACUCUCCCGCCCUCUGUAGCCAGUCCUACAGCAACAUCACUCAUAUGGGCGCCCACGACUCUUCUUUCCUCCGAGACGCUAGUACAUCGAAUUCGAUAGCCGGCAACCAAUACUUCAACGCAACCGUUGCCCUGGAUGCCGGCAUACGACUGCUGCAGGUCCAAGUCCAUGAUCUGGAUGGAACUAUCGAAAUGUGCCACACGACGUGCAGUUUGCUCGACGCCGGCCCUCUACAGGAUUGGCUUGGGGAUAUCAGAUUUUGGAUGGAUAACAACCCGAACGAAGUGGUGACCCUCUUGAUCGUGAACUCGGAUGGUCACGACGUCGCGGGCUUUGGGUCAGUAUUUGAGGCAUCGGGCAUCUCGAAGUACGGAUACACGCCAUCAGGCAAUGGCUGGCCAACUCUGCAGUCCAUGAUUAACGCCAAUACCCGCCUCGUGACGUUCAUCGCUUCCAUCACCCCCAGCAGCAGUUACCCAUACCUGCUCACCGAGUUUGAUCACGUCUUCGAGACAUCGUUCGAAGUCACAUCUCUCUCGGGCUUCAACUGCACAUUAGACCGCCCAGGCACUCAAUCCUCAGCGGCCUCGGCCAUCUCCGCGGGCCUUCUGCCUCUCAUGAACCACUUCGCCUAUAGGGAUCUGGGCUCUUCCAUUAUGAUCCCGGACGUGGACAAUGUCCUAACAACGAAUAGCCCGUCUACAUCCACGACCGGCGCCCUGGGUCUGCAUGCUCAAACAUGUAACUCUGAAUGGGGCUUUAAGCCGACAUUUGUGCUGGUGGAUUUCUUCAGUGAGGGACCUUCCAUCAAGACUGCAGAUAUGUUGAACGGCAUUACAGAUCCUGUGGGACGCAAGAAUAGCUCCAUGGCUGAUGCCGAUACGGAUUCGCGUACCCCAGCCAGCGAGGCAAAACGCGGGCGUGGCGCCGGCGGUAUUACUGGAGCCCUAAUAGCAUUCAUCGUGGCGGGAUUAGUGCUGGGCUAGAUUAAGAGGCGGUUUAUUAACAUAUAUUCGGCGCAUAAAAUGGUUCUUUUCAUUCUUAUUUUUCCCGGAAAAGGUCAUUUUGGUUGGCAUGGUAAAGGUUGCAUAGCGCCGGCGU